AUGUUGAGGAACCAGGUUCUCAAAUCCAAAGCAUCAAGCUUGGUGAUAACAAGAGCCUUCCACAACUCUUUCAUUUCAAGAAACGCUCCACCAAAAUCUCCUUUACAAAUCUUUACAGAAACAUUUAGACAAGAAUGGAAGAAAUCAAAAGAAUUACAAGAUGGUAUUAAAGCUUUACAAGAUGAAACUGGUAAAAUCGGUGAAUCUGAUGCAUAUAAAAAGGCAAGAGAUGCUUAUCAAAAAGCUCAAAAAUCUACAACUGUUAUAGGAAGAAGUAUUAAAAAAACUGGUGAAGUUGUUGAAAAAGUGGCGGUUACCGCUUGGGAUUCUGAAGCUGGUCAAUAUACAAGAAAAACAGUUGAACGUACAGUGGAUUCUCUUGAUAAAGCCAUUGAUCCAGUCAGACAAACAAAAGUUUAUAAAGAUGUUGCAGAAGUUUUAGAUGAUGGUUCUGCUUCAAGAUAUGGUGGGUUUGAAUCGAAAGAACAAAGAAGAGCAAGAAGAGAAAAAGAAUUGGCCUCGGGGAAAAGACCAAAAGCUGUUAAAUCAAACGAAGAAGCUGGUAAUGCCCUAGUUGCCACUGAUAUUGCACCUGAAAAGGAAUCUUUAGGUAAAAAAAUUGAAGAUUUCCAAACAAAUACUUCAGUGGGUCGUCAAUUUUCUGAUUUAAAAUUAAAAUAUUGGGAUGAAUCUGAAAAUCCAUUAGUUUCUUCAAUUAGAACCGUUUUCGAAAAAGUUGGUGGAUUAUUUGCAGAAACUGAAUCAGCUCAAGUUAUUAGAUUAUUUAAACAAAUUGAUCCAUCUUUUAAUACCGAGGAUUUCACAAAGCAAUUACGUGAAUAUAUCAUUCCUGAAGUCUUGGAUGCUUAUGUUAAAGGUGAAGAAGAAGUUUUGAAAACUUGGUUCUCUGAAGCCCCUUUCAAUGUCUAUAAUGCUCAACAAAAAAUCUUUAGAGAACAAGGAUUAUUUGCAGAUGGUAAAAUCUUAGAUAUUAGAGGUGUUGAAAUCGUUAGUGCUAAAUUAUUACCUUCAAAUAUCCCAGUUCUUGUCGUUGGUUGCAGAGCUCAAGAAAUUCAUCUAUAUAGAAAGGCUAAAACUGGUGAAAUCGCAGCAGGUACUGAAUCAAAUAUCGUUAUGAGUUCUUAUGCUAUGGUUUUAACUAGAGUUGCUGAAGAUGUUGAUAAUAAAGAAACUGAAGGUUGGAAAAUCAUGGAGUUUGUUAGAGGUGGUUCAAGACAAUUCACCUAG